CAAUCGGUGCCUGUGGGAGCAUAGGCUUUGGGUGACCGGGGGUAUCCAGCGCUGGCCUGCAGGAGACCUGGGACAAGACGGGUAGAUCUUUGCGCGAGUUGAAAGUCAUAGAAGGACAUUGUGGAGGGGUGGAGGGAAAUACUGUAAGGAUAUUGAGAGUCGUUUUUCUGCUGUGGAAGAGAUUAGUUUCAGUGCCUGACGUUGUCUUGAGGACUUGGUGCAUGGGUGUUGCAUUCUGGAAUUGGAAAGAAAAAAAUAGUUUUGCUUCCUGUGAACUUUAGCAUUCUUUUGCUUACCAACCUAGAGGAACAAUGAAAGUCUAACUGGAAAAAGGCAGUUGUUUCUGUCUUUUCUCCUCCACGUUUUUCGUGUCUUGCGAGAAAAGAAAAUCAAUAGGGGGCAUAUUUAAAAAAAUUGGAAAGGAAAAAAUGGUGAUUUUAAGAUAAGAAUUAACACUUUUCUGAUUUAUCAGAAGCAUUUUUCAAAGCAGAACAAAAGAGGCUUAACAUUUCUAUUCGUCUUUUGCAAUAAUGUGGCUAAGGGGGCACACACUUAGCAGGAAAGUAUGUUCUAAAUUGUUGGGUUGCCUUAGUCCCGCUGGAAUGAGGAAGAGUUUGAGUCUACAGCUGCUGGGUAGAAAGUUCCACAUUUCCUGUCAAAGAUGCUCAACAAUGCCAUCCUGGGUGAUUGAUCGCUAUGGGAAAAACGAUGUACUCCGACUCACAAAUAGUAUGAUGUUUCCUGCAAUCCGCCUCCCUAAUGAAGUUAUUAUUAAAGUUCACGCUGCAAGUUUAAAUCCUAUAGAUGUUAACAUGCGAAAUGGCUAUGGAGCUUGUGCUCUAAGAGUGAAACGAGAUCCACUGCUCAUUUCAGAAAGAGGCAAAGAAUUUCCUCUAAUUCUAGGCCGGGAUGUUUCUGGGGUUGUGAUGGAAUGUGGACCGAGUGUUUCCUAUUUCAAACCUGGAGAUGAGGUAUGGGCAGCAAUUCCACCCUGGAAGCAAGGUACUUUGUCAGAGUUUGUUCUAGCAAGUGGAAAUGAGAUAUCAAGGAAACCGAGGCGUCUCACUCACACCGAAGCUGCCUCCUUGCCUUAUGUUGGUUUAACAACAUGGUCUGCAGUGUCACAUGCUGGGGGGCUGCAUCCAGAUAAUUGUCCCAACAAAAGAAUAUUGAUCAUAGGUGCAUCAGGUGGAGUGGGUACCUUUGCUAUACAGUUAAUGAAAGCUUGGAGUGGUCAUGUCACCGCAGUUUGUUCCCAGGAUGCCAGUGAAUUGGUAAAACAUCUUGGAGCAGAUGAUGUAAUUGAUUAUAAAUCUGAAAGUGUGGAAGAGCAGCUCAAAAAAUUACCCCUGUUUGAUUUCAUCCUAGAUAAUGUUGGUGGACCUACUGAAAAAUGGGCUCCUGAUCUUCUCAAAAAGUGGUCAGGAGCCAGAUAUGUGUCUUUGGUGACACCCUUUUUAGUGAACAUGGACAGACUUGGAAUAGCCGAUGGCAUGCUGCGGACUGGCAUCACUAUUGGUGCGAAGGUUUUGAAGCAUCUUUAUAAUGGGAUCCAUUACCGGUGGUCAUUUUUUGCAUCAAGUGGUCCUUAUCUGGAUGAGAUUGCGACUCUUGUUAAUGCAGGAAAGAUACAUCCAGUUAUUGACCAAGUCUUCGAAUUUUCUGAUGUUCCCAUGGCCUUUCAGAAGAUGGAAAGAGGGCAUGCACGUGGCAAAACUGUGAUCAAUGUAAUUAAUAAAAAGCACUGAAAUCCUG